AUGUCCGAUUCUGAGUUUGCGAUCCCUGAAGAAAUUAAUUCUACUACUUUUGACCGUUACCAGACUCUUCUUUACAGAUCAUUAAUCAACAUUAGCGCAAAACGUAAUAAUGAAUUACCCUCUAAAGAAGUUCCAUUUUAUCGAAUGAUUGAUCCAACAGCAGCGCAAAAAAUGGACCAACUUUCAGGAAGAAUUUUACCAAGGAUAAAUCAAAUGAUUUCCACCGUUGAUUUACCUGGUUCUGAAGGUUUUUGUGAGAUUACCGAGGCCGAAGAUGUCGAUUCAUGGAGUAAAGAUUUUGUUUCCUUAGUUGAUUCCCUUAUUGACGGAGUUAAUGUUUCAUUGGAUGAAUUCAGUGGUCGAACCAAAAAAAUCUCGGCUACGAUAAAUAAAUCCAAGCCGGUCGUUGCGGAGAUUUCAAAUAACAAAUCGGACCUUCGAUGUCUAUAUGCCAGCACCAUUAGUCGCCCUCAAUUGAAUUUUAAGGAAAAGGUCGACAAUACUUCUGCACCCUUUAUUCCAAAACUUGUUGAGAAACCAAAUGCCAUGAUCCCAUUAGAUGUGAAUGUAUUGUCGUAUCAACAUCCUUACGAGUGUGAGAUCAAAAAUAUUGUUUAUCCAGCUUUUAUGUUUGAGGAUAGGGAACCAAUACUAUCUAAGCGCAUCGUGAGUUCACCUUUCAUCUGGGUGGAUACGCUGGAAGAAUUAACGGCAAUGUGCGAAAAGUUGGAGGAUGCUAAUGAGAUUGCAGUGGAUUUAGAGCACCAUCACUAUCGUUCAUAUCAAGGGUUUACUUGUUUGAUACAAAUAAGUACAAGAAGAGAAGACUUUGUUGUUGAUGCUUUAGCUUUGAGAGAUUCUUUACAAAUGUUGAAUCAUACCUUUACCAAUCCGAACAUAUUGAAGGUAUUCCAUGGUGCGGAUUCCGAUAUUGUUUGGCUACAAAAAGAUUUUAGUGUUUAUGUUGUCAACUUGUUUGAUACAUUUCGAGCUGCCUCUGUAUUGGACUUCCCACAAAAAUCAUUGGCAUAUUUGUUGAAACAUUACUGUGAUUAUGAAACUGAUAAGAAAUAUCAAUUAGAGGAUUGGAGAAUUAGACCUAUCCCAGAGGAGAUGUUAAAUUAUGCUCGUGCGGAUACACAUUAUUUAUUGUAUAUUUAUGACAGAAUGCGAAACGAGUUAAUUACAAGGUCCGAUUCAACGACUUUGAAUCUUUUAAGGGUUGUACUUGAACGAUCCGCUGAGACCUCGUUAAAGAUGUAUAGUAAAUUGGAAUAUAGUGAGAAUGGAGAAGGAAUUGGUGGUUACAAGAGGCUUCAGGCAAGAAAGAACAAAUCAUUCGAUUACCAACAACUGGCAGUAUUUAAGGUCCUUCAUGCUUGGCGUGAUCGAAUUGCAAGAGAGGAAGAUGAGAGCACCGGUUAUGUGUUACCAAAUGAGAUGCUAAUGACCUUGUCUGAAAAGAUGCCAGAUGACCCUAAAGAAAUUUCCUCUUGUUUUAAAACGGGCGUUCCUUCAUUCGUUAGAAUGAAUAUUCUUGAACUGGCGAGGUUAAUUAAAGAUGCGAGAAAUAUUAAACCUGUACCGAUGGAAAUGGAAAGGGAUUAUUCUCUAUUAGAAACUCCAUUUGUUAAAGAUGUUUCUAAAUACAAAUCAAAUUCUUCGAUGUUAUUUAGAGAUUAUCUCGAUGAGCCCGUAGCUCAAGAUGACAAUCUGAAGAAGAAGGCUCUCGACAUAACUUCAUCCCUUUCGUUUUCAUUACCGGUUCCCAAGUUUAUCAAUUAUUUGAAUAAUCCAAACUCGAAUUCAUCACAAUCGAAUGGUUCCCAACCUCCUAAUGAAGUCUUAUUUACUCCCGCGACACAAAGAACUACGAAGACUCAGGAAACGGAUCUUGCUCGCAGUAGUUCCAAAGGAAAGGAACGCGAAAUAGUAAACGUUUCCAACGAUUCUAAGAAACGUCGGUUGCCUGAGAUGGUCGAGGAGGACGUGGAGGGGGUAGAACCCACAAACGUGGAACCCAUAAUCGUUGACGUCGAUCCUCGUCGGGAUGACAUUAGUGAGCGAAAUAAAAUGAACCCCGAUAAUGGAAUGGCGAGACAUGAAGUGAGUCCUUCGAGUUCUUCGAUAAAUGCAGACGUUGCUCAAAAUAAACAAGCCAGCACAAAAAAAAGGAAGAGAAAUAAUAAACGAGUCAAGAUGAUGAAAGAUUUUGGUUUAACUCAAGUAACUGGAACGAAUGGAGUGGAAUUAGGUAAUAGAAGGAAAUUGGUUACGAUGGUGGAUCACACAGAAUUACCACAAACCGUGACAUCUGGACUUUCGACUAGUUCUUCAACAUCGAUUUCUGUCGAUACAUCGACUAGAAAUACAAUGAGAACAGUGGAAACAAUUAGACAAAGCACAAAUUCCGUUCAAACUCCAUUUGAUCCUUACUCCCAAACAGUUAUUGAUGAACGGUUAAGAAGAUCAGAUCCUCGACUUCCCACAGCUCCAUCUUCAGGAAACAGAAGUAUGACGAUGGACAAUUCAUCAAACUUUCAAAGAGAUGAUAACGAUCCGAACGAUCAGGAUAAGAAGUGCACGAUUAUGUAG